ACAGCUGUGUUGAGACAAUAGCAGUGAAGAUGGAUCAGCACUAACUAGCAGAUUUGUCUGUGGAGGAAGAAGAGAGAUGAUGUAUUAAUGUUUUAAAGCGUCAUACGAGGAUUAUCUCUAUUUGCCCUAACAGCUAUUCGUUUUCCAUUGGAAGUCUAGAAGAAGGAAAAAAAAAACACUUGUGUGAGAAGAAGACCUUUCAUAUCUAUAGAAGAGAGUGCCAGACACUUUGGACAGGGUGUCCUCUGUGUAUGCUCUGUGGUGAUGAACUUCAGUGGGUUUUGAGCGCGAGAAACUCUCUUUAAAUCUCAAACACUGAGGAAAAGUCCUGAAGAUGAAGAGAGCAACGGCAGCACUUCAACUCUGUUUGUGUAUCUUGGCGGUAAAGGUGACAUUUGGUAAGGUCUGCACCAGCGAGCAGUUUACAGAAACAGGAGAAUGCUGCAGCAUGUGUCCUGCGGGCACUGGUUUGGCAAAGAGCUGUGGUCAGGAAGACACCAAGUGUCAGCCGUGUCAGGAUGGUGUGUCGUUCUCAGACUCGGAGACUCUUUCAGCUUGUCGUCCUUGCGUCCGCUGCCCCGCCGGGAUUCCUGAACUGGCACGCUGCACGCCCACGCAGGACACCCAGUGUGACUGCGGUGACGGUUUCUUCCUGUGGCGGGAUGUUAACGGUACAAGUGGGCUGUGUGCGGCCUGUGGCAUGUGUGAACAUGGAAGCGGAGUGGUUCGGGCUUGUGGGCCGCUGGGAAACACCGUAUGUGAGCGGUGCAAACCAGGGACUUACUCAAAGAAGAGGAGUGGAAGGAAACUCUGUGUGCCCUGCUCGCGCUGUAGUGAUGACGACGAGGUGGAGAUCAGACCCUGCCAGCCGGACUCUGACACCAUCUGCAUGGUAAAAGACCUCAAUGUCCUGGUCCCCCCAUCUGGUUCUGAACACCCCCGAUGGCCGACUCUGAAUGAGGAAACCGAAAGCAGUCCAUCACCAGGGUCUGAAUCCCCCCGACUCACUCCACAGGACCAAGGGGCUAACAACAACAACAACAUCCUUGUCUACGUGUCUGUACUGGCUGCCGUGGUGCUCGGCCUCCUGCUCUACGUCGCCUACAAAUGCUGGAAGUCAUGUCAGCAGAAGCAGGCUCUUAUGAAAGCACGGGUUGGCGAGCUGAAUAAUGUCGGGGAAGGAGAGAAAUUACACAGCGACAGUGGCGUGUUCCUGGACUCUCACAGCCUUCAGGAAAGCCAGCCUAGCAAAGGCAGUAAACGAGACAGCAAACAGGACACACGGCUUUAUGUGAACCUGCCGCCCCACAGGAAGGAUGCGGUAGAGGGGCUUCUCACAGAGGGGGACAAUCGAAGCUGGAGACAGCUAGCAGUCGCUCUCGGUUAUGAACAGGACCGCGUGGACGUCUUUGGACGGGGCCAGGACCCUAUCCACACCCUCUUAACUGAUUGGGCCCAAAAGGAAGGCUCCACACUGGGCCUGCUCUGCUCCGCUCUCACACGCAUUGAACGGCCGGACAUCAUCAGCGCCCUCACCGCCCCGUCUCAAGGAGUGUCAGUGGUCUGAAUACUUGAAUACGUUUCUUAAAGGCGGGGUGAAAUGCUCAUUUUCACUAAAUCUCCUGUUAAUCUUAAAUACCUAUAGAGUAGUACUGCAUCCUUCGUAUCUCCAAAAAGUCUUUAGUUUUAUUAUAUUUAUAAGAGAAAAAUAGUCUGUGCCGAUUUUUUUCAGAAAAACACAAGCCGCUGGAGGCGUAACGUGUGGGCGGAGCUAAAGAAUCACAAGCGCGAGUAGGCUUUUGCGUUGAGAGCGUUUGGAAGUUGUGACAUUACCGUGAGGAAAAAAAAAAACAUCAUCCAAAACAAACCAUGGCUAACAGUCAGAUUCAGCCGUUUAUUUAUGAUCCAGAAUCAGUUCCUGAAGCUGAAACUGAAUGAGAGCAGCAGCAGCAAUGACUACAGCAGGACGUCUCUAUGUGGUAUGUACUGAAACUGUAUAUAUUUGCUUAUGUAACCCCUCUCUCCCGGGUCCUUUCUGACGCUCCUCGCACUCGCUCCGAGCGGGGCUCGAACCCGGGUCUCCAGCAUGGGAGGCGGACGCACUAACAAGGAGUCAGAGAUAUUUUCAGCAGUUUUACUCACCGCCUGUGGUUCAAACACACGAUCGUGACCCUUUUUCAUUGGUAUUGAAUCAUCCUUAAAAAAUAAACGAUGUGCAAAUCCGGCAUCAAACUGGGCCUUGUUUGUAAAACAAGCAUCUUCGAAAUGCAGGGAACAAACAAAAACACUUGCACAACUCCGUCGAUGCUCUUUAAAAAUAAACUCCGUCAACUGGUCCCUUAAUGCUGUUUUUUUUUUGGUAAUCUGUGCAGGGUUGUCUUGCCCUCACAACCAAAAAAAACACACUUCUUUUGUGACAUUUCGCUCUCGCUCGGAUCAGUGAAUGUCUCUGCUCUGCUAUACGGGAGUGUGCGCUCUUCCGGCAGAAGUGCCCUUAGGACCCAUAUAAGGAAAUUCCACUCCAUCUAAUGUCACACAGACCCAUACCCGAAAAAAACUUUACGAAACUUGUGACAAAACGGAAGGAGUAUUUCUGGAACAAAAAUACUCCUUCAAACGUACAACUUAAUUUUUGAAACUAUGUCCAUGUUUAGCAUGGGAAUCGAAAUCUUUAACAGUGUAAAAAAACUCAGUAUGCAUGAAAUAGCAUUUCACCCCCCCUUUAAGCCAUCAUGAAAGUGAAAGAGACACUAAAUCAUAAGAGGGGAAGAGCAUCAACGGACUCAUUUUUGAAUGUCUUGCACUAAGAAGAGCAGAAUUGGAAGUAACGUUUUUAACGCAAACGUAGCGUUUCACUUACGAAUUUAGUUUCAACAGCUUGAGAUGUUCCCUCGCCACAGAACAUUUUCUGCUCAAGACAGAAGUUUCCUCCAGUAUUCAUGGGAAGUUUAUGCUUCAUACGAUCCUUUUUGUAGUGUCAAUACAAACAGUUUUCUCCGAGACACAUCCAAUGCUCGACAUUUUCAUGGGCAGUGUUUUGGGUGGAUGUGGUUUCAGCUGCGGUUGGUGUCAAAGACGUGGACAUUUCUGCGGCCUCGGGAAUGACAGUUUUCCAUUUGUGCGGAACGCAUCCUAGUGCCAGAGAAAGCAUCAUGCGUGCGAUUUAAUCACGCUUUUGUAGUUAUAUUUCAGUGCUUCUGCCGUUUAAACAAUAGUCAACACCGAAGCUGGAUAGAGUAUUCUACUUGAAUCCCGUGGCUUGUCAAGGGCAAUGUAACACUGAGGCGUUUUAUGGUUUGCAGAGAGGAAAACCACUAAAUGUUCAGCACGAGGGAGUUGUGUAUUUGGGAAUAUACAGAUAAACGAUCAAGUUGCCUGAGCGAGGUCAAGCUGUCUCAUUCACACUAGUGCUUGGUUUGCACUUUAACCAACAAUGCAACCUAAAAGCAAGGUUAUGUUUUUGCAAGUUAUAUGAGAGGAAAUCUGUCUGGUGCCUUUACUUUGAACGCUCAGGUCAGUGCUGUGCUGGUUUACUCUACCAUGUAUGUAUUUUAAGGUUAUUCUGUAUGUCAGUGAUGAGUUAUGGGUGAGACUUGAUGGUUUCUGUGCCCGAGAUGCUACUCAUGUUAAUAACAUUCAUGUUAUACUGUAUUAUCUAUCACUUAUGUUUGUCCUUUUUACUAAUGAAAUAUUGAUUUAUAUCUUUGUAUCUUUAAAAAAUAAAUAAUACAUCGUGUGAGCAAAGAAAUUGUAUUUUAUGACCCUGAAGAUUC